GGUCCGUUCGCACCAAAUCUCCACGAAUGCUAGGCAGUUUAUCAAGAGUCAUUGGCACGGCGCCAUUGACCCCGUCAAGCUUGUCCAAUGUCUCUAAAGCUUGAACGCAGUACGACAAUUUGUCGCUAAACUCAUGAAUCUUUUUCUGAUUGGCCGCUUGUAUUGUGGGCAACCCAAGUAUCUCGUGCGUGUAACCUUUUACUAUCUCUGAUUCUUUCCCAAACUUAUCUUUGAGGAUGCUUAUCGCUCGAUUGUACCUUCGCUGUGAAAGGGCAAUACUUCAAUUGUUUGUCGUACUUUAGGCUCUAACAACUCGCGUAGGUAAGAAACUUAGUCACCGGGGCAAUUGCGGAUUGAUCAAUGUUCUCUGAGAAUUGUCCCCAAAACCUUGGCCAAUCCAUAGGAGAACCAUUAAAUUUCGAAAUCACUAGCUUCGGUAAUUUCGUUUGCAUUCCAAUCAUCGUUUUACUGGUCUGCGAGGUGUUUUUAACAAUAUGUUCAUCUUGUAACUUUACUUUAGUUUCAUGCAGUUUUACCUCAAACUUGAUCUUCUCGUCGUUCUCCAUCUCCUCUAGUUUCCUCUUGUUUUCCGUCAACCAUUCCUUCGUCAGUCUUACAUGACUAUCUGCCUCGCUGAUUUGGGUAUCAAUCUCCUCGCUCCACUCGGUAGUAUCCUCUUUUCUGCCCAGUUUUUCAGCUUCAACCGUAAGCCUUAAUUUGUCCACUUCGCCAAUAACAGUUCUAGGCGUUCCCUGAUGUCAAGCAAUAGGCCCUUCUUCGGAUUUUGCAAGAAUUCCGUCCGUGCGCUUCGUCGUUAGUUGCAAUUGAACUAAUUUUGUUUCCAGCGCGGUGCUGGCGUUUGCCUCACUCAUUUUACGAUCCCGUCGGAGGUGCCAGGUUUAGUAAUUUGACCCUUACUAAAAGGUACUGAAAAAUCAAACUCUCGACGAAGCAAAUUCGGUUUUAUAAAAUUAUAUUAUUGAAAAUCUCUCACAGUUGUAUACGCGGUCUAGUCUCUCUCACAGUCACACAGUCACUACAUUCGUAUCUUUUAACUCCUCUUCAUAAUAAUAUAAAUGUGUCAAUCAUGCAAUGUUCGUCCCUAAUUAAAGUAAUAAUUAAUCCUGCUAUUAAAUCACAAUUAUUAAGAUAUAUAUAGACAGUCUCCGACAAUUUCACAGUGUUAUUGUCAUUGAUGUGUAAAUCUGUAGGCAAAGCAAAAGAAAUAUUUCCUAAAAAAUUUGCUGAAAUUUUACAUUCUCCCUCAUUAUUUGCGAAUAUUUUUGUAAGAAUACACGUGUUACCUGUUUACAUCGAGAUAUACUAUUGCUCGAGCCAGGACUCGAGCCUGGACUCGAGCCAGGACUCGAGCCAGGACUCGAGUCAGGACUCGAUCAAAAAAAUGCGAAAAUACGGGGAAUUGCCAUUACCCAAUGGUUUUGUUUCAUAAGACACGUUACGCAGGCUAGCUACUAGCUACAACCUUUCAAUAAUUACGCUAAUUACCUUGUGUAAUUUACCAAUGAGAGCGAGGUUCCAAGACCAAAAAGUAUGUGUAAUUAUCGAAAGGGUGUAUUUAGUAUUAAAAAACUCAUUAAUAAUUCAUGAAGAAAACACAAAGAAAAAUCAUAAGCGUGUCGUAUCUGUAUAUGUGAUACAUAUUCAUGUUGAUUUACAUAAACUUUAACUUUGAUUUUCUCGGCUUAGACAACGUUUAUUUUUAAAAUUACUUCGCCAAUGAACUCGUAAGAUGAGUCGUUUUUUAAGUCAUUUUUUCGGCUCGAGUUUGUAUAUCCGAUACAACACGGCCGCUCAUGUUGUAAAUAGUACAUACAGUUAGCCAGCGUGGCCGGCUCUUCUAUAAUACAGUUUGGUGAUAUUGGCGUCUAUUACAGGAAAAUAAGAUAGGGAGAAUUAUCCUACUCUUUGACGAAUGCUAAGCGGCAAUGAGCGGCAACAAGUAUCUGUUUUGUAAAGAGCGAGAGACUGCUAGUGAUGGGCAAUACCAACUGUUUUAGUUCGAUAAAAUACUGGCCGGAUAUUUCCCUUUUUUGGAUAUCGAUAUUUGUGCAAUAUAUCAAAGACAAACAACAACAAUGGUAUUGGCUAUUGUUUCAUUCACUGUCUUCCGACGCUAAUACCUGUUACAGUUAGGGACCGAUUACAUGGACAUUUUCAACCCCGGGGUUGAACUCAGCCCUGUUUACCGGGUUGAAAUUUCAGCCCUGUCUGUAAUACAAAACUCUAUCAAAAUCAAACGUGCGAUUUAAAAUACAUGACAAAAUUUUCAACCCAGGACUGAGUUCAACCCCGGGGUUGAAAUUUCAACCCUGCUUCAGCUAGCAGGGUUGAAAUUUCAACCCUGGGGUUGAACUCAGCCCUGGGUUGAAAAUUUUGUCAUGUAAUCGUUUCAACCCAGGGCUGAAAUUAUCAUGAGUUAUUCGAGCAUGCGUGGUAGUGACUAUUUAUUACAAGAAAACAAAAUAAAGGCUUUUUACUUACGCGAAUCGAUGCCGAGAACGUAUAGACUAUAGUAUAACGUUUUAACCCCGGGGUUGAAAUCGUCCAUGUAAUCGGCCCCUCAACAGCCAAAGUCAGAUGAGAUUGACAGCUCUGUAUGUACAAAUAUACCAAAUAUCAACUUUCGUUCUUUAGUUUCUUUUAUCGAGUCUGGCGGAAAAAGGCGGGAAAUUGAUUUGGUAAAUUAACAAGUUCUCUCACUACCCAUUUGCCAAACAUUCCUUAGGUUAUCGAUAAACAAUUCCUCAGAUUCAGUUAAAUUUGCUUAAACAUUUCGCAUUGUUGGUGAACGAAUAGUCUAAAUUUAAGGAAAGUUCCUUAAAAGUGAGAACGCUGUUGGUAAAUUUUCAUCCAUCAAAAUCACUUGACGUCAUUUUUGGCUCGAGUCCUGGCUCGAGUCCUGGCUCGAAUCCUGACUCGAUAUUUAGGUACCCUCUUUUUAACCGUUCACGGUUUUAUUUGUUUUUAAAAACUGAAAAUUCGCGUCGCGUUGCCGAAUCACGUUCGGUCUGUGUCUGGCCUUAACAUGCACAAUCUCCUGCAUGCUGGAAAUAGCGGACAAAUUUACCAAGGGCGAGAAAAUGCAGAAACUACUGCAACUACUAUCACUGCAAAAUUUGAUAAAAAAAAUGCAGAAACUACUGCAACUAUUAACUUCCAACUAUACUACUUCUUAUUAACUGCUAGGUACUAUUAACUUCAAACUACUGCAGGCCUAGGCUUUGGAAUAUGGCAUUUGAUCCAUAUUUAUCAAGUUUUUAGAAUACCAUGACCCCUCUGGCUGAGCCCACCCUAAUAUUCCGCACAUAUUCCGUAAUUCUGUAGGAUUUCGAUCAUGUAAUUGAUGGUUUAAUUGAUGAUGUGGAAAUCCUGCUUGAAGAAGAUAGAGCCCAGUGGAAAGCUAAAAAUGGCAUUUAUUCAGAUGAUGAAGCGGAUUCUGAAGAAGCCCUGACGGUUAGUUAAUGCAGUAAUACUGAGGAAUUCAAUAUAUACAUAUUUCGUUAAUAUUUGAAAAUAUAUUAUAUUCUUGAUUUUUUCUGUGUUGGUGCUAUGUAGUCAGGUGAAUAUGAUGCUCAUGAUGUUACUCUGAGUGUAUAUCCACACCGGGCAAGCUUGAAAAAUAUGCCUGACCACGGUGGGAUUCGAACCUACGACCUUUGGAAUACUAGCCCAAUAAUGCUCUGGCAACUGAGCUACGCGGUCUGGUCGGUUCGAGUAAACCGACUAAACCGGGAUUUUUGAGGGUUGGAGUAAACCGGGAUUUUUGAGGGGGGAAGGGGGGUUGAAAGAUUCAGAUUGUGCAAGAUUUUUUCCGCCCAGGAGAACAUGACAGAUGUUUUUUCCUGUAAAAGUGUAGCGCAAGAUUUUUUUACCAAUAUAUUUCGUGGCAGGAUAUUUUUUUUGCCUGUCAUAAUAACGGCUUACAGGACUUUCAUAUAGCUAUACGUAGCCAGGGUCAUCCUUUAACUUUGGGACUUCAAUCAUAGCCGGCCAGGAACUUGCUUCUUGCCAUAGGAACUGUGGGCCCGUUAUCCACCGAUUAUUCUUCAUUAAAUUUUCCAACUUCAUGCCUUUAGAACCGUCAUCAGCUGGAUUUGCAUCCGUGUUAACAUACCUCCAUUCAUUUGGUGAUGAUUCACUGUGUAUGAUAGUUAACCGAUUGGAUUCGAACGUGUGAAAUCUCUUGGAUUCGUUAACAAUACACUUGAGCACUGAAGUAGGGUCAGUCCAGUGAUAAACUCGUUGAAUUUCCAUGUCUAAUUCCUCUUGUAUCAGCACUCUAAGUUUCACCGAGACAACAGCAGCGUUGAGUUCUAAUCUUGGUAUAGAGAUUUCCCGGAUUGGCGCCAAUCGUGCCUUUCCCAUAACGAACACACAAUGAAUACAGCCAUUGACGUCUACCAGGCGAAGAUAUGCUACGGCUGAGUAUCCUACACGCGAUGCGUCAGAAAACAGAUGCAGUUCUACGGAUUUUAUGUCACCAAGCGUUUCAGGUUUAAAACAACGGUCGACUUGUAGCUCUGCGAGUUUAGGUAAAUCUUCGAGCCAUCGUAUCCACUGCGUUCUUUCUGUUUCUCCAAUUUGAUCAUCCAAUUUUCAUUCGACUUAGCAUCUGGAGCAGCAGUUUAGCCUUCAUUGUGAAUGGAGCUAUAAAUCCAAGGGGGUCAAACAUUGAGUAGAUUACGGACAAUAUUCCUCGACGAGUCUUCGGCUUAUUGCUAACCACUGUGAAUCUUUCUUGUGAAAUCUCCCAAACGAAUUUAUCUUCCUCCACAUUCCAUUUAACUCCGAGGGUGCUCUCUGUAGGUAAAUGUUCUAUCUCCAAAUUAGCGACUGAUUUAGCUCGUUCACUCUCUGGAAUAGCUGCUAAGACUUCUCGGUCGUUACUGCACCAUUUUGUUAAGCGAAAUCCACCUCUGGCUAAUAAUUCACGGAGUUGAUCUACUAAGUUAAUAGCUUUCUGAGUUGUUCUCGUUGACUUCAUUAGGUCGUCUACGUACAUGUUCUUCUUAGCCGUCUCUACCGCUUCAGGUUCUAUACCAUCUUUCUCCAGAUCUGCUGUUUUCUUCAGGCAGAAAUCGGCAAUACUGGGGGAAGAUUUCGCUCCAAAAACGUGUUUCGUCAUCCGAUAUUCAACCAGUUGUUUGGUUAGAUCACCGUCCGGCCACCACAAGAACCUUAGAACAUCACAGUCUCUUGGAUCAACGAUUACUUGAUGAAACAUCAAUUCGAUGUCUGCUACACUUCCGAUGGAUUCUUUCCGAAAACGACUUAAUACCCCAACCAGACAAUUCGCUUUGUCUGGGCCUUGCAAUAGCUGUUGGUUUAAAGAUGUCUGUUUAUACUUGGCUGCACAGUCAUAAACAACUCUCACCUUAUCUGGCUUUAAGUGAUGCACCACAGGAUGGUGUGGGAGAUACCAUACAGGUUUGUCAGUCACGUUUAGCUCUUCAUCUGGAACUCUUUCAGCAUGUCCUUUCUUGAUAUAUUCAGACAUGGUGAAUUUGUAUUUCAACAACAGAUCUCCAUCUUUCAACAGCCGUCGCCUCAGCAGUUCGCACCUUCGAACGGCGAGGUCUCGAUUAUUUGGUAGAUCAGGUGGAUAUGAUUUCCACGGUAAUGAAACUUGAUAAUGACCAUUAACUUUCUGGAUCGAAUCUUCCAUCAUCUCUAACGCUCUUUUAUCUUCUACCGAUGGACCAGGUCUGGUAUCGACUAUAGUGUUCCCAAAAUCAGUCUUCCAAAGACCUUCAAUUUGCUGUCUAAGGGUAUUCUCUUCAAAGUCGCCUUCUUCCACUCUGUCUCGCACUGGUGUAUUCACGACCGACUGAGAGUUAUCAAUAUCACUUUGUUGAGAAGAGCUCAAACACUUCGCAUCAUCUAACCGUUCUUCGUUCACUGGGUAUGCUGUCUUUAAUUCAUCGUUUUCAAAUUCCCUGAUUUGAUUAAAGAAACUUGUUUCGUUCGAUGUACUCAUUUGAAGAAGAUUAACAGAAUAUUCCGAGCUCCCCUUUUCGCUCCCAACUGAUCCCAUAAUCGUCCAACCGAGACUGUAAUGAACUGCUAUUGGCUCACUCGUUUCACCAGCCUUGUACUCGAGCGGUAAGAAUAAUUGCGGGAUCUCCUUCAAUCCAAUUAUCAGCAUAACUUUGUCGCACUUAGCUUCGCUAAGGUCAAUGUUCUGAAGGUGAGGCCAUUUCCUUAGAUCUUGCUUUCUUGGGAUACAAUCUUUUGAUAUAGGGAUAUCCUUGACUGUUCGAACAUUUUCAAGUUCAACUACUGUUGUCCCAUCCAUAGAUUCCACUACAAUGUCUACAAGUUGACUUUCUACAUUCUGUGAGCCGGUCAUUCCUGUUAGAGUAAAGUUCAUCUUCUUACCAUAGAAUUGCAACUUCUUAGUCAGCUCCUCCUGACAGAGUGUUACCUCCGAACCACUGUCCAGUAGUGCAUAUGUCUCUACGUAACUGUCUCCAUUCUUUGCUCAAACUUUUACUGGUAUCACUCCCAGACAUACACGAGUUUCACCGGCCCCAGUUGCAGCUAUCACCUUAUCUUCGCCGCUAAUUUCACCAUUGGAUGGUUGUUGCCUGGCUCCUCCUGACCUUUGUGGUAUUUCCUUUCUUUUUUGCUUCCAUCACAUCUACUGGAUGUAACAAUGUAUGGUGUUCCUUUCCACAACCAGUGGAUUGGCAUCGAAAGUGUUUCAUUAGACACAUCCGAGCAUAAUGACCAACUGCAAGGCACUUAAAACAGAGUGACUUCUCUGUGACAACCUUCUUGCGCUCUGUCAAUGAAAGUAAUCGAAAUUUUUCACAUUGCCAUAUUCCAUGCGGACCAGAACACAUGGAGAAAUUUCUUCGUGUAACACUCGAAUUCAACUUCCCAUUCUCAUCCCUUUUCAUUCCUACCAUUAACGCAAUGUUCCCUUUGUUAAAGUGCCCACCUUUCUCAUUAUUUCUCCAUUUCUCCUUAGCCCUGUCCUUACUAUCACUAGAGGUGAGGUCAUCUCCAAAUUCAUUGUUCAUCAAAGUAGCUUUCUUCUUGAUAAAAUUAAGAAAAUCUUCAAAUCGUGGUGUGGAAUUACGCUCAUAUAUCUUUCGAGCUUCCUCAGUCCAUCUUGCUUUCAUGAACAUCGGAAGUUUUCUAUUUAACUCCUUCAAGGUGUUCACAUGAUCCAAGUCACUGACAUAUUCUGGACCCAUUCCCUUAAGUGUCCGAUUAGUGGACUCAAGAUGUCGUGCAAACUCAAGCAACGAAGAACCAUCAGCUUUCUUUAUACUGGGAAGAUUGACUAACUUCUUAAUGUGAGCCCUAGCAAUUAUAUGUGGCUUACCAAAGUUCUCAGUCAGGGUCUUCUUAGCAACACAAUAUCCUUCAUCUGCAGGCAAAUUGACAGAGGUGUCAAUGGCUUCCUUUGCCUUACCAUGGCAAUGCUGAAUCAACAGUUGCAACUUUGAUUCGUCACUGUCAUUAUUUCUUUCAAGACAUGUUUCAAAAUUGUGCAUAAAUGAGGGGAACUUGAUAGGAUUCCCAUCAAAGUGCAUAUAUUCUAUCUUUGGUGUGGCAACCACUUGCUUAAGAGCCUUAACAAUCUCAAUGUUAGUGUCUAUUUUCCCUGAAACUUGUGCUCCAUGGUUUGAAUUUAGGGGGGGGGGGGUAAACCUACAUUGCACAUGUAAGGAUUCCACGUAGUAUCCCAUGUCUGAGGAUUGUAUGAUGGUUGUUGAUAGGACAAUACCGGAUGGGUUAAAGUCCAGGGCAAUGAAUAUGUAUUCGCGGGGAGAACUGUUGGUUCCGGUCUGGGUGGGACUACAGAUGUACUUGGUCUCAGAGGAAACACAGAGCUUGGCACAGCAGUUGUCUGCCCAGCAGACCCAGAAUUUAUUCCUUGAAAUUCUGGCAUAGGAUUACUAGAAUUGACAUGGGUUAUUAAUUUGGGCAUUGGGGGUAUUUGCAAGUAAUAAUCCAGCAGUAGCAACAACAUGGACCCUGGAUGGUAGAAUUAUAUGCCUUCUAAAUGGAAGCCAAAACAAAAUCAUAAUUGAACACCCGAAGGAUUUAGUCAAGCUUCCCCCAACCAAGUAAUUGCAUAAAGAGGUAUUCAAACUCUACUUGUAUUAACUAUUUUGUAUUGACUAAAUUUGCGUGUUUAGGUUAUUAAUCAAUUUGUGUGCCUAGGUUAAUACCAGUAUAUAUUUUUUCUCAUAAUUUAUUGACUAUCCUCAAAAUUAUAUAAAUACUUCUGUCUAUAAAUUACAAAACAAAAUUUAUAUAAUUAUCUAUAUUUAUAUAAUUAUGAUAAAAUUUUAUGAUAUUAUAUAUACUAUGAAAUCUUGUCAUAAUGUAUCGACAAUCGUCAAAACAUAAUUACUUCAAUAUAUAAUCACAUUUUUAAACUUAAUAUCAUUAAUAAGCUUACAUGAUAUGGUAUGAACUUUGAAUAAUAAGAUCACUCAUACUCAUAUUAACUUAAGUCGUUAGAAUAAUUACACUAGCGACUCUUCUUUCUCCUUUUUUUUGCUCUAUUCCAUAAUAGAGGCGAAGCAAUCUUGUAGUACUUGUGCCAAAUAUGUGCAAGUUAAUCAGAAAGCAAUACUUUGUGAUAUGUGUAAGAAGUGGGUUCAUCUAAAAUGCACUAAAUUCAGCAGAGGCGAUCACAUUGCCUUACACCAUAACUCAGUUGAUUGGUUUUGCUCACCCUGCCUUCAAACUAUUUUUCCAUUCAAUCAAAUUGAAGAUAAUACUGAAUUUUUGCUGGCAAUUCAGGAUUAUAGUCCACUAAACUCUUGCUAUGACUCUUUUAAAGACCUGGUAUUCAAUCCAUAUCUACUUACUUCACCUCUUGUAAAUUCACCUGAUCUUGAUCCAGAUAACCAAUUUUAUGCUGGCAACAAUAAUGUAAACCAUGACUCUGAAUAUUUUAAUGAAGAAAGGUUCAAAACUAAAUUCUCUUCAAACCCUAAUGCCUUGUCACUUAUGCAUCUUAUGCACGUAGUCUUUCACACAACUUUGACAAAAUUACCAACUAUCUAAACCUACUAAAAAUUCCCCUUCCCAGUUAUUGGAAUCACUGAAACCUGGAUUCCAAGUGACUGUGAUUUAUCUUUUUAUAAUAUUGAUGAUUAUAAACUUCUAUCUUGCAGUCGUAGUGAUAGGCAUGGUGGUGGAGUGGGUUUAUGUCUAAACCAAAACCUUAAUUUCAACAGAUUAAAUGACAAUAAUAUGAAAUUGUUAGAUUAAAUGACCUUGAAAUCAAUGAUGAUAAUGUUUGUCAAUCAAUUUUUGUUGAGAUGAAAUUUGACAAGUCCAGUACCAUAAUUGGAGUAAUAUAUAGACCACCAAAUGGUGAUAUUAAGAAAUUUAAUGACUAUAUUGAAAAUACAUUGGGUGGCCUUGGGAGCUCUAAUAAAUCUGUUCAUAUUAUGGGUGACUUCAACAUAAAUUUACUAAAUACUGAAAUAUGCAACCUUACCAGUGAUUUUUUUGAAAUAAUGUUGUCUCACUCCCUAUGUCCUUCUAUAUUUAGGCCAACUAGAAUCACUACCUAUUCUGCAACUUUGAUGGAUAAUAUAUUUUCCAACAACUAUACCCAGUCUUUUUCAUCUGGUAUCCUACUUACUGACAUCUCUGAUCAUCUAUGGUCUACCCAUCUUCUCUAUCAUGGUUGUGAAUAUGCCCAAACCAAGAUCCUCUCCCUUUAAUUAAAAAAGGAAUUACACAAGGGAAAAGGUGAAUAUAUUUUUGGACUCUUUAGGGUCAUCCGAAUGGAGUUCAGUAUUCUCCACAUCUGAACCAAACUCUGCCUAUACCCUUUUUUCUGAUCACAUUAAUACCUUGUAUAAUCAGCAUAUUCCAUUAACAAAGGUUAAACUAACAAAACACCAAUCCCAAAAGCCCUGGAUAACACAGGGAUUAAUCAAAUCUAUCAAAUUUAAAAAUAAACUCUACAGCAAAUUCCUGCAAAAUAGGACAGCCAAAUAUGAACAAAAGUACAAAAUAUACAGGAAUAAACUUAAUCAUCCCAGGAUAGCUAAAAAAAAUUUUAUAAUCAUAAAUUCAAAUCUGUUAAAACCAGCAUUAAAGCUACCUGGAAAACUUUGAAAGAACUAUUAAAUAAAUCUAAACCUCAGCUCAAUUAUCCCAAUUCAUUUACCCAUAACAAUAGCGAUAUCACAAAUCCUGAAAUGAUCGCCAAUACCUUUAAUGAUUACUUUGUAAAUGUUGGUACUAACCUUGCUUCUAAAAUUCCAUAUACUCAAACAAAAUUCACUCAGUUCUUAACAGGGUCUUACCCCAACUCCUUUGUAUUCUACCCUACUGAUGAUAAUGAAAUAUUUGCUAUAAUAAGAGAACUUAAUCCUAAUAAAUCACCAGGUCCAGACUGUCUAGAUCCUUUUGUAAUCAAACAGGCUGCAGAGCCACUUGCAUCCAUUCUUUCAUACAUUUUCAAUAUAUCUAUGGAGUCGGGCAGAGUACCUGACCAACUUAAAGUUGCCAAAGUCCUCCCCAUUUUCAAAGCUGAUGACAACAAAAAAUUCUCUAACUAUCGUCCCAUAUCAAUAUUCCCAAUUUUUUCUAAAAUUCUUGAAAGAGUUGUCUAUGCAAGACUCAUAAAAUAUCUUACUAAACACAACAUUCUUUCUGAUAAUCAGUUUGGAUUAAAAAAAAAUCAUUCAACCUCUAUGGCAGUUUUGGACUUAAUUGAUAACUUCUCAAACUCAAUUGAUAAAAAAGAAUUUUCUGUAGGUGUAUUCAUUGAUUUAAGUAAGGCAUUUGAUACUGUGAACCACAAAAUUCUUAUCGAGAAACUUAGUCACUAUGGGAUAAGAGCAGAGGAGGUUGGACAGCAGGCCACAAAGCAUCAUGGGUAUCGAGCGCCUAAUUCCAUGCGGUCGCUUCAUUGACUUUUGACUGUCGAGGAGUGAACAUCUCUCUAAACCAAUAUGGAAGCUUUCGAACGACAAGAGUGUCAGGCUGCGAUACUUCGUGAAAAUAGCAUGUUAUUGCUGUAUUGUUGCGAUCCUCAUUAUGACUUAUGUUUUACUGUACCAAGUUUACCUUUUUUAAAAUUGCAUGGGACAUGCUGUCAUUUUAGCUUUAUGGAUAAUCCGUCCGAGCGAAGGAGUUGUGUUAUUCCCAAUAGCGAGGCUCUUCUUUCCAAGUUGGAUGGCGUUAAAUCUCCUUGUAUUAUCAACGUGAAAACAAGCGCAAUAUUUAAGGUUGGUAUACUACAAUUGAUUACAGUUGACUAGACUUGUUAUUUGGUCAAUUUCCGCUUUCACGCUUUGCAGUUUUCAAAAUAUUUGUACUGAAUUUUAUAAAUAACCUCGAAAUACACUGUACAAAUUAUGGCGUGUUAUUUUUAUUUAACCCUUUAGUUUGACACCAUCCCCGAUGAGUUUGCUAAUGAAAACACCCAGCAUAUGCUUUUGAUUUGGGAUUUUGAUGUGGAUCAUAUAUUGACAGCGAAUACGAUUGCAGUGGCUGCGGUUGUGCCUGAUUUCGACAAUAUUCUGGAGACCCCAUUGCUGGCCGUGGAUGUGGUAAGUUGCAAUUGUUCUAACUUUCCAGAUACGAACAAGGUUUUACUACCUCCUUUAGACGAGACUCCUGAAAGAGAACAUUCUCAAGAACCAACAGAAAGAAACGAAGACAAUCUUAAUGAUGGACAAAGUAGGAAUAAUUCAGAUGAUGAACAUUCAGAUGAUGAGUCUGAAGGUAUUGUUGAUAUUUGUAUGUUUUGAUUUAUAAAUUUUCGCUGAAGUACCGUAUGCCUGUUUUAUCUGGUUCUAGCUGGUUGUUUAAAUCUGCAAACUGUAGUUUGAUAUUUUUCAAUUUUCAUCUAAAUAUUGCUAUGUUUGUGUUGUUCUAUAAAAUUAAUACGCACUCUUUUAGGUCUUGAGAAUAUAAUUUUAGAGGUUACAUGUGCAAAAAUUGCUAUUUUUUGAGAUGACAGUUAUGCAAUAAUUAUUUUCUUGUUAUUUGUUAUGAUUUUGUAGAAAGUGAUAGGGCAGAAAGUGAUGACGGAUUAAGUGAAAGUGGUAGAGCAGAAAGUGAUGAUGAAUUAAGUGAAAGGGAUGAUGAAAGUGAUGAGGAGGAACAAAUCACCCACGCUGUACCAUUCAAGUGCAUUGGUGCUGCUCAUGAGAAAAACUACCAACAUCAUUUGGAAAAGGCAUACCUCACUCUUCAUGAACAAAAUAAACCAGUGACUGUAAGAAUACGGCCAGAGCCAUUGAAUCCAAGGGACACAAGUGCAAUAGCAAUUGAUCUAGACUAUGGAACUGGAUGGGCACAUGUUGGUUAUAUUGCUUCAGAACUAUGCAAAUAUUUGCACCCACUAAUCGCUGCAGGAGAUAUCUUGGAUGUCUAUGUUCGGCAUAUCAAGUAUAGGGUUGACUUUUUUAAAAUACGAUUUUAUCCAAAAAUUGUCAUAAAGAGGCGUGGUGAGUGGGAGAAUCUAGUGGUAAGGAAAAGCAUGAGUGUAUGUUGACAGAUGUUUUUGAUAUAAAUAAUAGCAACUAUGUUCAGCAGGUUAUUGAUGUGCAUUUAGUUCAAUUGGCUAACUUUUUAGAUUUUUUCCCAGCAUUUUUUAAACAAAACAUAGGUUAAUUAUAACUGGGUAUAUCAAAUUAAAAUAAUCUGUCAUGUACACUCAUGCAAAUAAGUAUGCAACUGUAAAAAUGUGCUUUAGUAAAUAAAUUAAUAAAUUAUCCAUGCUGCACCUGACCUACUUUGUGAGUAUUUUUUUCAGAUUAAAAUUAAAUGCAACGAUAAAACAAGAAGAUUUAUAUUUAUAUAAUAUUUAUUCAAUAGACCUUUACAAGGUUAACAACGCCAUCUUGAAUUCAUUGUUUUCACCAUUGUGUUUGCACCCCCUGCAAAUUUACCUGUAGGGAAUUCCAUUGUGUUUGCACCCCUUGCACUGUGAUACAUGAUAAUACAAUAAAAACCUCCAUAAUUAUAAGAACCAACAUGCUAGCCGAAUUAUUGUCUGACAGUAUAAAAUAAAAAAUGAUAGCUAGAACAAGCUAAGUGUGUUUCCCAUUAAAUAGUCCUUUUCUAAUAAAAAUAAGAGUCCAUAGAUGGUCUUCAUAUAUGCCCUUAAAACUAAUAAAAGUUAAUUAAAAUGUUUAAAAAUACAGUUUUGUUUGUCAACCUGACAUGGUAUUUGUACACAGUAUUCUUACAUAAAUUUAUUGUGGUUGGUUGAUCAGUAUAAUGGUUCUUUUAUAUAGGUCUUUACUGUACUAUAUUUGCUCUGAAUAUGAACAUCUCUAAAUGACUGUAGUAUUGCCACAUACUACAAAACACUGUAAAUUUCUUAAUAAUAUACAUAAAAAAAUUCUCAAUUCUGAUUGGCUAAGAGCAGUGUAUUGUUUUGAAAUACAGUGCAAAUUUUAUCGACUAUAAGAUACAGCCAUUUCUAGCAGGGAAAUAAUACCAAAAAACUUAAACAUUUCCAUGCCACAAAAAUACAGUAGAUGGCAUUUUUACCAGAUUUUCUGUUAAAAUAUUUGUUAUUAAAAUUAACUAUUUUGCAUGUGACCCAUGCACGUAUGUGACUGCAUAAUUAUUUCAUGUAUAUCAAUAAGUAAUAUGGUUUCUCGUGCGAUUUGGAAAAAGAUACACUCGUGAGACUUUCGUCGUCAUUUGGAUUUUGAGAAACUCACUGUGCAUAUUUUCCCCUCAAUUGCACUCAAACCCAUGCUAUUAUAUAGAGAAUAAUACAUGGUUGUGUACACAUACAAUAACUGUGAUGUAUGUGCAUUUUAAACUGCAAACUACAGUACAUAUAUACAGUACUACUGUAAUUAAUGUCACUCAACAAAUCAUUACCACAGUAUUCUAUGGAGCAGGUGGUGGUGGCAAGCUCUCUGCUGGUUUAAAAUGGGAUGUUCUAACACUGAGUUGUCCACGCUGAGGAAUCACAGCUCGAUUUGUCACAAAAAUCCCAGGAUCAGCUCGUCUAGAAAUAGAUGACUGUAUUAAACCGUCAUUAUAUCGGUCAUUGGAUCCAGUGUAGUAGUAAAAGGGCAAGUCAGGAUCACAUUUCUUGGUGUACUCGCUAAUAACUUUCGGGAAGGCAUCAUGAAAAUCCUUUUCAUCGAAAAUUGGUCCAAGCAGUCCAUGCAAGAAAGCAAAAAUGCCUUCAACAUCAUCAGUUAAUCCUGCUCUUGGAUGUUCAGGAAGAAGCCCCUUUUCGAGUCCACAUCUCCGUCUGAACUCCUGUAACAAUAAUAUACUGUAAGGGACCGUCCAUUAAUUAAGGACCAGGGGGAGCUGGAGGAAAAUUAGGGGGGCCUUUAAGGUGUUUUCAGAAUGAAAGGGGGGGGUUGCCAAAAUUAUUUGUGGUAAUUAUUAAUAUUUUAGGUUGACCAGUUUCAAAUAUUAAGAGUGAUUGUCAGCAAAAAUCGAACAUUGGGCGGCAAGGGUUGAUAAAUCGAUUCCGCUCAUAUUUUAACUAUAUAUAGGCCCUAAUGUAACAAACACCACUGUGUAGUUUGUUUGGUGAAAUUCGGCUUAGUAUUCGGGAAAAUCGAAAAAAAUACUUUCCAAAUUAAAUUCGCUAUUUUUGAGCCGAUAAUUCAGGUUAACUUCAACAGCUUCUCGGGACAAAACAAAAUAACCCAGCACUGUAGUAUUCUCACACGAAGUUAAUUGCUAUCUUAAUAUACAACAGGUAGAGUUUCAGACAUUAUCGUUCACUUAAAUUUUCGAAAUUUCCUGUCCUUUUCUGUCGCCCGUCUUUUGGGCUUAACGUUUGCAACACGGCCAUGCAUGGGUACCUUAAAACAGCUUGUUACUGCGUGCCUAGAAGAAAUCGUUCCUGGACAAUCAUCCACGCUACUUAAAGAAUUAGCAUGCGACAAGUUGGGCAGUGAUAAAAAUAUUGAUACUUUCUUAUUGGAUGCUUUAACGGAGUGUUAUAAUAACACGAGCCAUUGGAGCACGCGUAGACAGAUAUUGUCUAUAAUGGUUGAUAAGGUUACCUUCGAAGAACUGCAAAAAUGGAUACCAACCUUGACCAGAUAUCGUUUCAAUAUUGCAAAACAUCAUCUGUUGCUUCACGGUAGGGGCGCGGAACUCCCCCAUUUAAAGAAUACGAGAGUUUACAUUCAGCCGGAAAAAAUCGACCAUUUUGUUACUUUUAUUACAAGCUCGCAUAUCAUACAAGACUUACCAUUUGGAGAAAAAAACACUAAAACUGUCCACUCACAGAGAAAUAAAGAUUCCCAACGUUGUGCGCAAUCUUAUACCAGAACAAUGUAUCCAACAGUACGAAGGAUAUUGCAAAGAGGUGAGAUUCCAACCGAUGAGCCGCAGUACAUUGCGCAGGGUUCUUAAAGUCUGUUCUGCUUCCGCACAUACGUCGUUGCAAGGCCUCGAUUAUAUAUCAGCAAUGGGUGGUCAGGCCUUUGAUGAUCUAGAGAACGUCGUUGACAUGCUUGGAGAUCGUUAUGGCAAGGGUUUGGCAUGGGCCAAACAAACAAACCAAAAACUCAAAGAUGCUAAACGUUACUUAAAAGGAGACUACAAGGUAUAAACAAGUGAAAGCUUAUUGUAUUUUUUGUAGAUUCGUGCAUGUAAGAAUCAUUCUAGAAUAGUUGAUUUUGUAUCUGAUUCAUAUAUUCUUUUUAGAUUCACAUUUCUAGCAAUUCUGAAGUUGCGGACCACUGCAGAACAUAUGCUCUCAGUUUUCCAAAUGAUGAAAAUUAUACUAACAGCUGUGAUCAUGAGCACAAGGGAAAGUGUGAUAGAUGCAGUAUAUUUCCUGAGACUCUAGCUGAUAUUUGCGCAUCUUUGGAAGAAGUAAAUUGCCCUCUUGAAGAGAAAGAAAACAUGGAGUACGUUACUACACAAGCAGCUCAACACAUUAGAUCCUGGAAAGCACAUAUUUUAAGAUCAAUUAAUCAGGACGCAGCACGACACGACAUUUUAAAAGUCUUGGAUUCUCAUUCUGCACUUAUCGUUUUAGACUGGGCAAUGAAAUUCAUUCCUCGCAAAUACCGCGAAAGCCAAAGAGAUUGGUUUGCAAAACGGGGACUUCCUUGGCACAUAGCGGUAUUAACAAAGAAGAAUGAUGAUGGCGACCUCCAAAUUCUUACUUUUUUGCACUUGUUUAAGUCUUGUAGCCAGGAUAGUGGCGCUGUUGUCGCAAUCAUUCAUGACGUCUUAAGUCAGAUCUCAACCAUUGCACCAGAGGUGCAUACCGUAUAUCUGUGUCAAGAUAAUGCAGGGUGCUACCACUCUGCAUUAACUCUGCUUUCUCUGCCAACAAUAGAGAGAUCAACUGGAAUUCAAAUCAGACGUAUCGAUUUUUCCGAUCCCCAAGGGGGGAAGGGAGCGUGCGACCGAAAGGCAGCUCAUAUUAAAAAUCACAUGAAUAAAUACCUGAAUUCAGGGAACGAUAUCGAAAAUCCCGAGCAAAUGAAGGCAGCAAUCGAGUCCUUUGAAGGCACCCCAGGAGUGAAAGUAACAGUGUGCGCUCCACCACCUGGCAGGGGAAUGGGAUGGUGUGAGUCUCCUUAA